AGGUACCUGAUAAACAAGGGCAUGUACAAUACCUAACCUUGUUCAGGUGCUGAGCUCCCCAUCAACCCCAUCGACUCCAACAACUCCAAUAACUCCAAUGAGCUUUAAACUUAUAUCACUGCCUAACCUCCAUAUAACGACAACCAACAGGCAGCACUGCGGCCUGUCGCGACUCUACCGAUUCAACAUGCCAGAAUAGAUCUCCAGAUGUCGCUAGAAGAAGCAACAAACGGCUUUGUUGCCGCCAACGGCGUGCACGACCUUACUGUCGAGAGCCUACCUAUCUUCGACGUCGAACCCGUACAACUUCAAUUCUCCAUCGCCGCCGACUUCGUCGCUGCCCAGGUUGCCAAUAAUGUGCUUGUCCUAGCUUUGUCAAACGGGCGCAUCUUGCGCAUAGAUUUAAACCGCCCGGAAGAUAUAGAUGACAUCGACCUUCCCAGACGAGUUUCCGAAGUAGGCAUUAUACGGCGCAUGUUCCUCGAUCCCACCGCAUCUCAUCUUCUCAUAUGUACAUCUCUCGGCGAGAAUUAUUACUUGCAUACCCAGUCACGCCAGCCGCGGCCUCUGAGCAGGUUGCGGGGAGUCUCUGUCGAGUCAGUUGCUUGGAACCCCUCUCUGCCCACCGCCACCACAAGAGAAAUCCUAAUAGGGGCCUCGGAUGGAAAUGUAUACGAAACAUUUAUUGAAACGUCAACGGAAUUUUACCGGAAAGAGGAGAAAUACAUAAAAGUGCUACACAAAUACCCCGAUGGACCAAUUACGGGACUCUGGGUUGAUAACAUGGGCGGGAAGGUCGAUGUGAGAAGGGUGGUUAUAACUACGCAGAGCCGCAUACUUCAUCUUGUGGGAAAGGUUGGUCGAAGUAGUCAUGACGGGAGCGGCUCGACCUAUACCAGAUUAUUCGACUCCGAGCAGCCUAUUAUACAUGAAAUUUCACGAGGCUCGACUACCGCUCCUUCGAUGCUUGCUAUCUCACCAGAUCCCCCCAAUUCUCAGAUUUAUGAGGAUACCGUCCCAGACCGAGCCUUUGCGUGGCUUUCUUCACACGGUGUUUAUCAUGGGAAACUUCUAACGGCCCCAAUCAACAAUGACCUUGGGAACAAGGUAUUUGCCGAAUCGAAACUCCUAUCAAGGUCGCAAGUUGUCUCGACAGAGACGUCGGGACGGAAAAAGACCCCGGCAGACUCUAUUGAUGCCAUCGCGUUAACUCAAUGGCAUAUCAUUGGCUUGAUCGGCGGUCGUAUCGUAGCAGUAAACCGAUUAACAGGGUCGGUUGUAUUCGAUCAACUAAUCUUAGACCAGGGACAGAAAGCCUUAGGUCUAUAUAUCGACCAGCAGAAAAACACAUUCUGGCUGUUUACCGCGCAGGAGAUAUUCGAGAUCGUUGUCAGAGAUGAGGAUCGUGACAUAUGGCGAAUUAUGCUACAACGACAACAGUUCGAUAUGGCUAUGCAAUAUGCUCAUAAUCCUGCGCAAAAAGAUGCUGCUUCAAUCGCGUCUGGUGACUACCUCGUUGAGAAAGGGCUAUUCGUCGAGGCUGCUGGUGUAUAUGGGAAAAGUAGCAAACCGUUCGAAGACGUUGCGCUUAUCUUUAUUGAUCAUGAUCAAAAUGAUGCUUUACGGAAAUACCUUAUCACAAAAUUAACGACAUAUAAAAAGUCCUCCACGAUGCAGAGAAUGAUGAUAGCGACGUGGCUGGUCGAGAUUUUCAUGGCAAAACUGAAUUCUCUGGAGGAUUCCAUUACUGUUGAAGCCGAGUCAACUGGUAGAAACGCAAAGGAGUCACGGCACCAACUCAACGCAGUUCGAAGCGAGUUCCAAGAUUUUGUCAGCAGGCAUAAAUUCGACCUCGACCGCAAGACAACGUACGAUGUCAUUAGUAGCCAUGCUAGAGAAGAUGAGCUUCUAUUUUUUGCCGAUGCGGUAAACGACUAUAACUAUGUUCUAUCAUAUUGGGUACAGAGGGAGCGAUGGACGGAGGCUCUGAACGUGCUCAAGAAGCAAACAGACCCAGAAGUCUUCUACCGGUAUAGCAGCGUAUUAAUGACACAAGUUGGACACGAGCUCGUCGAGAUCAUGAUGCGGCAUCCUAAACUUGAACCGCGCAAAAUCAUUCCAGCGCUCCUCGACUACAACAGGAGUUUCAAGGGAACACUCCUCCAGAACCAAGCUAUCCGGUAUCUACAGUUCGUUAUCAACCAGCUUCAUUCUACUGAUGCGGCUGUUCAUAACACCCUUGUCUCCAUCUACGCGUCACAUGCGUCCAAAGAUGAAUCGGGACUCCUGGCGUAUCUCGAAUCGCAAGGCGAAGAACCUCACUUCGAUCCAGAUUUUGCCCUUCGGCUGUGUAUCCAGCACAAGCGCACCCUCUCGUGUGUACAUAUUUACACGAAUAUGGGACAAUACGUCCAAGCUGUGGACCUCGCAUUAUCACACAACGAAAUAGAGUACGCUUCUAUAAUAGCAGACAGGCCUAUGUCCAAUCCUGCUCUUCGAAAGAAGCUGUGGCUUGCAGUAGCUCGCAAGGUCAUCUCACAGUCCAACGGCAUAAAGACGGCUAUUGAAUUUCUAAAACGCUGCGACCUCCUUAAGAUUGAGGACUUAAUUCCCUUUUUCCCUGACUUUGUCGUCAUAGAUGACUUCAAGGAUGAAAUAUGCGACGCGUUAGAGGAUUAUUCGCGCAAUAUCGACAGCCUGAAGAAGGAGAUGGACGAGAGCUCUCAAACCGCUGCCAAUAUCAAGAUCGACAUUGCCGGACUCGAUCACCGCUACGCCAUCGUCGAGCCAGGAGAGAAGUGCUACGUAUGUACCUUACCACUACUUAGCAGGCAGUUUUUCGUCUUCCCGUGCCAGCAUGCCUUCCAUUCCGACUGCCUCGGGAGAAAGGUGCUAGAGCAGGCGGGUGUUAGCAAGAGCAGACGCAUCAAAGAAUGCCAGGUACAGAUUAGCAAAGGUCUCGUCAGCGGCGCUAGGAAGGACGCCAUGGUCGCGGAACUAGACGCCUUAGUGGCUUCAGCAUGUAUCCUGUGUAGCGACUACGCUAUCAAACGCAUUGACGAGCCCUUUAUUACGGUGGACGACGAUAAGACCGAGUGGGCUCUGUAAUAUGGAUUGGGGAUCGUUACUCGUUAACUCAUUACUCAUAAGCCUAAUGAUACUUCUUGUGAUAUGUUUGCUAGUGGCGCCGUGGCGGUGUUGUAUAUCAAAUAGGAUUGUGUCCUCCUUGUUGUCCCGAAAGAUCCGAUAGCACGUUAGAGAAAUUGAUACCCAGUUUAUAUAACCUCAAUUUUUGUUUUUUUGUCUUGAUAAUGAUAUUUUGUCGAUAUCGUAAAUUACCUA